GUAGAUACCGUGUAUACAUAUAUACAUAUAUAUAUAUAACGUAGAAACACAUAUACAAUACAUUCAUAGAUACAUCGUAUGAGGCGCGUAAAAUUCAAGCGAAUGCGGGCACUAUGCGCGCGAGAUAGACCGACUGCGCGCUGCGCCAUUCCGAUCUAACCCGAAUGAGUUUCCGAGGUCGAGCAAGUGGAGAGUACGCGAGUUACUGCGGCCGCACACGAUUCGCAAGUUCGUCAGUCGCGGCUCGGCGACGAGCGUGCACGCGUUUCGUUCGCGUUGUUCGCUCGUUCGGUUACGAAGAAAUUCACUAUUUUUCUUUUUUCUUCUUUUUCUUUAUUAUCUUUCUCUUCUUCCUCUUCGAUCAUUGGGUAAACGGUAAUUUACGACGUUACGUUUAAGUUUAUGGGAAAAUAGAGACUCGCAUAUACACACAGGCGUAUACAAACCGAGAGUGCGAUGAAUCAUGCCAAAGAGAAUAACCAAUGAGAGGAGAAGACGUACGAAGCCGGCCGACAUGCGUGGUUUAUCGACAAAAUUUCAACUCACGACGGAUGUUCUUCCUGUUCUUUUAUCGCAUUACGCCUUCGCUGCACGUCGCUGAAAGUUUAUCCACGCGUUUCUCGAACCUCCUCAAGAUACAUGCAUGUUAGAAGACGUUAAAGUUGUAACAAGAAAAAACAACGACGACGUAGACAAGAUAUUCAAUGUGUACAGAAUUAUCAUUCAGGCAUUUGUAAGAUGAAACCGUCCAUGAAAAUGGGAGUGAUCGCCUUGGUAGGUGUUUGUGUGGUAUUUUAUCAAUACCAUUUGUCCACCGGAAUUAGAUUCGAUCAGGCGAUCGAUUUUAGUGCCGGUGGAUCUCUCGACGAUGAAGUCGAACCUCAUCAAAUUAAGUUCCCAAGGUUUACCACAGAUAUGGUAAUGAACGCGGUACGUCGAGUACAAGACUUGAAUGGUCUCAGUCCAGAAGUUGGUACAUUAUUGAUUAAAGAGAUUUGGUAUCAACUCAACAAAAAUGUUCUUGAAAAUACGGAAAAUGAUUCGCGAAUUUUACGACCUUGUUCAAAACUUGUUACCACGAACGUCGCAUGUAUACCUUCCUUAUCAUCAUCGUCCACGAAGAAUGAAAUAUCUUUGGAUCCUCUCUACAUUAUAACACCGACUUAUCGUAGACCAGAACAAAUUCCAGAACUCACUAGGAUGUCUCACACACUUAUGUUAGUCAAAAAUAUUCACUGGCUCGUCAUAGAGGAUGCAUAUGUAGCCACGAAACAAGUAACGAGAUUACUCGAACGUACAGGAUUAAAAUUCGAUCAUUUGACAGCUCCGAUGCCAGAAAAAUAUAAAUUUAGAAAUGGUGCAAAGCCUCGCGGCGUUUCUAACAGAAAUCGUGGCUUGCAAUGGAUAAGAGCAAACGCAACGAAAGGUGUACUUUAUUUCGCUGAUGAUGAUAACACCUAUGACAUAGCUUUGUUCGACGAGAUCCGUAAAACGAAAACUGUGUCAAUGUUUCCGGUUGGUCUUUGCACCAAAUUUGGUUUGAGUUCUCCGAUUAUAAAGAACGGCACGUUUGCUGGUUUCUACGAUGGAUGGGUCGCUGGUCGUAAGUUUCCAGUUGACAUGGCAGGCUUUGCAGUGAACGUAAAAUUCUUACUUCAAAGGCCAAACGCCACGAUGCCGUUUAGAGCUGGUUACGAGGAAGAUGGUUUCUUGAAGAGUCUUGCACCGUUGGAACCACGAGACGUACAAUUAUUGGCAGACAAUUGUACGAGGGUACUCGCGUGGCAUACGCAAACGAAAAAAAAUGAACCGAGUGUACCAUUGAAUAUGAAACUCUAUGGCUCGACGAAUCUCGUUAAAUUGAAGGAACAAAUAGUAUGAUGUCUGGUAAGAUACAGCAUUAUUUAUCGAAGAUAAAAAUCUCGAGUACUCGUCCGUUUUGUUUCUCGGACCUGUUUCUAACGGAUAGGUGCAAGAAAAAAAAGCUAUGUGAUUUAGUGCCUAAAGUAUUUCUCCUACUUGUAAUCUAAAGAAGAAGAAGAAAAAGAAGAAGAAGAAUGGGGUGUUCUUAAGCUGAGCCAUCAAAAUAACGGCAAAGCCUUUGAUCUAACUUUUAAUUUGAAGGCAGACGUUUACCUCAUAUCUAUGAGAUCGAAAACGAGUCUCCUGCAUUGCAGUAGUAUGGUUUACUGUAACAUAGUUUCAAUAUAGUGCAUUUUUAAUUAUGAUAUGUGUAUACACACACACACACACACACACAUAAAUGCUCUUUUGUGAACAAAACAGACAUGACCAAUCGAGGUGAGUUAAAUUGAUUUUAGUGAGCAUAGUGAUAGUGAAAGAUUUUUGUGAGAAAACAAAAAGGGUGAGGGGAGCAAUGUAAAAAGAAAAAAAAAGCGAGUAACUAUCUUGGACCAGUAAAUACGUGGCGAAAGUGUGAGAGUUCAGUACACGAAUCGAAUCUGCCUAAGCCUUGAAAUAUGCACUUAAUUGUAUUGACGAGAUAUUAUUAAUAGUAAUCCUGAGAUUUUUCUUUGUGUAUCGUCUUUGAACAGUUUAUGCAAUCAUCUUUAGAUAUAAAUUUCAAUUUCCGAUUUUUAUCGGAUAUUGGAAAUCGGUUGCAUGUUAAAACUUUGAACAAUAAUAAAUAUUACCAAUAUGGUAUAUUAUUAAGCAGAAAGAAAAAUUUUUGUGAAUAACAAGUGUGCCGAAUCAAUAUCUUGUGAAGAUUUUUUCCUAUAGGAAAAUAUAAAAUGCGAGGAUAUUUGAGCCUGUGAUUAUGAAAGUGAUCCAAGUCAUAUUAUAUAUUUUUCGUUUUGAGAUAUGUUGACAAGUACUUGGAUUUAAAUUAUUUAAAACUUAUUUUUUUUUUCUAUAAUGACAAGCAUAAAAAAGUAAGUAUAUUUAUUCUCAAAAAAUUAUUCUUUUAUAUUAUUUUUAAAUUUUAAGAAUAGCGUGCGAGAGAUGAAAUAUGUCUUUUUAUAUCUCAAAUGAUUUAAACCAUUUUUAUAAUCAUUGGCUCAUUUCUCAAAGCUUUGUUGGUUUUUUUUCUUUUUUUUUGUGCAUACUUUCCCAUGGAUCAAUAAUAAUCGCAGAUCAUUAUUAUAAUCAUUUUUUGUUGGUAAGUGAUCCUCUCUUCUUAUCUAGAUUGUCUUUGAAAUUUCAUGUCUGAAAUUAUUUAUUGAAUUCGAUAAUAUGGUCUCAAUAUUGUACUAUUGUAAAUUGACUUAAUUGUACAUAUAGAGCAUGUUGUGCUUCCUAGGCAGAAAGGUAUAAAUAUUAUAUAUUACAAUAGCAAAAAAAAAAUCAAGAUUUCUUUUUUUGCUCUAUUUCCGGCUUGGUAAUCAAUGUUGAUUAGUUUAAUCGCCAGGUAGCUUGUCGAAGUAUAUAGAUUUUUAAGCAAAGUACCCAUCGAUUUUUCUUUCGAAUAAUUCGUUCAUUAAUCAUUUUUUUUAUAAUUUAACAACAUAUUAAUAAUCAUUUUGAUUAAGAUGUAAGAGAGAUAGACAGACAGAGAGAGAGAGAGAGAGGGGAAGUUUUGCAUAUCGAAUUAUGGCUGUCAACAUUGGAAUAAUUUUUAUCGUAACAGCGUUAGUUAUAUUCUCAACAGAUUUGUGUAAAGCCAAAGAAUAUAGUAGUUCUGAUAACAAAAAAAAAUAUAUAUAUCAAAAAAGAUGAAAAAAAAAAAUACAACACUCUUAUUAAAAGAAUACAAUCACGAAUUAGUAAUUGCAUUACUAUGAAAAAUUCUAUACUAAGUACUACUCAUAUGUAGUUUAGAGGAAAUUAUUAGAUAUUUAAUAGGAAAUCUUUUCUCAAGGAUUUAUGUACAGAAUAAUAAUAUUACAAUGAGUUAUUACUUACAAUAGCGUCUCAAUUUUUUGUUUGAUUUCUUUAUAUAUAUAUAUAUAUAUAUAUAUAUAUAUAUAUAUAUUACGAGCGAUGUUGUAAAAAUCAGGUAUAACGCGAGAGACGCAAGAUCGGAUUAUUCCAUUUAUCGUCGGUAAAAGACAAAUAUGUACGUAUACAUAUAUAUAUUUUUGCUGCAAAUCAUUUUGCAAUGUACAAACAAAUCUUUAUAUAGUUUUUAUUUGUCAAGUAUACGUUUUAUGAUUUUUCUAUCGAACUAUCUACUUAAUAAUUCCUUUUAAAAUAUAAACGAAAUUUAGAUAUAAUUAAGUUUAAUUAAUGCUGUCAUCCCAUAAUAAUUCCGUAAUAAUUAAGUUCAUUUAGGCUUAAUUUGGAGAUUUGUUGUUAUUUCUUACAUUAUAUAGUAUAUUGUAGAUGCAUUAUACUAAUGUAAAGAAUAUCAAGCAAUAAUAUGAUAAAUACAAUAAUGAAAUUCAAAGAAUAUGUUCUAUUAUAUUAAUAAUGUCAACAGUAAACAAAAGUAUCACUCUUUCUUGAUAAAUAAUAUAAAUGAAAUUAAACUCGUGUUUAUAAAUUUGGAAUCAUUUUCUUAUAGGAUUCCAAUAUUCAAAUGUACAUAUGCUUUCCAAAUUGUAUAUGGUACAUUUUUUGACGAUAAUUAUAAAAAGAGAUUAAUGACGAAAAAAAUGAAAGUUACACAAGCGUCGAAAUGAUUUUUAUUAUAUAAAUCGUCAAAUUUAAAUCAUAUAUAUUAUGGAUCAUGCUACGCGUAUGUACGCGUGAAACAUUAGUGAUAAAAAUACUAUAAAAUUAUUAUAUGCGAGAAAUGAUCACAAAUACUAUGGAAAAAAAAUUGUUUUCAUACAUGUAAGAAGAAUUCUCAAAUUCAUUCAUCAAUUUAUUCUAAUUUCGUGUGACUGUUAAUAUUGGAACUACAGAGACUGUAUAUGAUGAACAAAUACUAAAUAAAAAAAAUAAAGAACAA